UCAAAGGUCAAUGCAGAAAGAGGCAACCUGCGCGAAUUGGGGGUUGGUGAGCAGCGAUCGCAGCCAUAGCUGGAAAUGCAGCAGGAGGAUGAUGUUAGGAAUGGCGUACUGAAGGCAGCGCGUUGACUCGGCUUGAGUCUGCUCUGGGAGCUUCAGAACGUCUUUCCAACUCUCAAUGAAUAUGUCAAAGCGUGCAAAGCACUGUCCCUUGCAUUCUGCAGGAUAGGAAGCCCAAAUAACGAGUUUCGGUCGUAUCGAAGGGUUGUCCGGUGCAGAACUGGUAGCUUGAUCUAGGGGACUCGUAGGAUCCGCCAAGCUGUCAGCAUUCUGCAAGCUGGGUUGCUUAACACCGCCACUGAACUGAUUGCGAGUCUGCUCGUGAGAGAGGAUGGAGCUUGAUGUGGAGGAGGGAGAGGCGGAACGCUUUGAGUUGGACCCGGUCUAUGAGAACAUUGCAGCCCCCAAGUACUGGGACUUUGGGCGGCUCUCGGAUGAUGGAACAGUGGACAAGUGGUUUGAGGAUCCAAACACUGCCAUCGUUGAGUCUCCUGCUGCCUAUCAUGAGCCCAAGAAGCUGCUCAAAGUCAACAGCGCCCACAAGAAGUCGCGCUCAGUGUCGGGUUCCCCGUUGCGGCUGCGCCAGAAACAGGGGCAUCCCCCAACCUCCCCAGGUCGUGCCCAGCGCAGACAAGUGGUCGGCCCCUCCCCCCUCCGCAAGUCCGUGCUUUCCCUCACCGCCAUGGCUGCCGCAGCCGUCUCUGCUUCUCCCUUCAAGGUCCCUGCUGUUGCGCCCCCAGCAAACGACGAGAAUCAAGACGAGCCCAAUGUUGGCAGUCCCCCAUCUCAGCCUGCAGACCGUCCCAGCCCUGUAGAGGAUGACCCCGUUCUGCCAACACAACCAGAAGUGGCUAGCGUGCCCUCAGAAGCACUCUCGACCGUCGACCCCAUCGAGCGUGCUGAGGCAAAGGCAGAAAGCACGUUGACUAGGAAAAUUGAGAAGCCCGUCACAACGAGACCCCCGCUCCCUGCUUCCGCCGCCGAUGCAUUUGCACAGGCAAUGAGCGCCACUCUGGCUGCGGCCUCCCAGCCGCUCUUCAUGCGCCGCAACAAGAAGCCGCUGGAGCCCCUCCAGACAACGACAGGUGGCGCCAGGAGAGUGCCCGGGCGGGACCUCCCUGGCCCCGCCAGGCCUGCUGACGUCAGCAAGGCCGUACUACGGCAAGACAUGUCCGUGCCCCUUGAGAGCAGCGCCGCGAUGCAAGAGAAUGUGGGAGUGGGGGGGCAGAUUGGAGGGCAGCGGAAGCCCCCCGCCGGGCCAAAGCCGGGGCACGUGCGGCUAAGGAGCAGUCGAGGGAGGAGCUUAGAUGACCGUAGCUGGAAGGGGGCAGCGGAAGUAGCAGCAAAAGGUGGGGAGGAUGGACGGCGCAGCGAGAAUGGGGAGGCGGCCAUGCUUCAGCGAAGGAUUGGCGCUGAGAACAAGGCUGAUGCAAGAAGUGUUGUUGCAAAAGACCCGCCUAUCCCCAAGAAGAGCUCGUUAGGAAGGGCGCGGAGCAGUGGGGGCAGCGUGCGAAGCAGCCUCGGCGAAAUGGAUGAAAAUGCAAAAGGGGGGGUGGGGAAGCUGAGUGCGCAGCUCAGGUUGGCCCCCACUGCGGUGGGGCGGCUGAAGGGCCGGAAGUCGGAAACGGCAGGGCUGGUGCGCGCGAGCAGCCCUCGUGUGGAGAAAGUGCGCGCGGCGUGGAAGUUGAGGCGGAGCAUCAACGUGGAGCUGGGUGCAAAACAGGAGAACUCGAGAGUGGGGGGGGGCAAGAAGGUGGCGGAUCUCCUCGAGGAGCGGAUGAAUAACCUCUCAAUCGCAGAGGAUAGAAGCGUCAAAGGGGAUGUGGCGGGGGGUGUUGAGAACGCAGGGGUCAAGCGGGCGUUGAGCCCUCGGCGAGAAAGUACUGAUGAUCAGCCCCCGCCAAGCAGUAUGGAGAAGGCGGGCCAGCUGCUGCGGCGGAUGGGCGCCGCGGUGGGGGCCUUGCUGGGGUCAGUUUCCCCCCUAGAAAAGCAAAAACCAACCGGAGGGGAGGGAAAAGCGGGGGGCGAAGAGGGGAAAGUUGCUUGCGUGUUGCAGUUUGAGGAGAGCGCACAUGGGGGCCGGAGAGGGAGCUUCUUGGCCGCCCCAGAUCAGCCGAAACCGUGCACAGGUGUCGAACCAGAGGAACCGGAAGAGUCCCCCCGAGAGGAAGGGGAGAAGAUGGAAGGAGGGAGGGGUAAGAGGCGGUCGCUGCUACAGAGGCUGGGGGGGGCGAGCAGGAAGGCGCGCGAGAGGAGUCACACCCCCCGGGGGCGAGCCAAGAAGGAGGGGGCCAGGAAGAGGGGCACACCGGGAGGCAAGGCAGGAACCAUCUCGCAUGCUCGUCCGCUGGCGGUGCGGCUGACCUUGAAGGAGAAGGAGCGGCGGUUGGCCGUGGUGCGCAGGAUGGCCAAGCUGGAGCAGGACAGCAGGAAGCAUGCGGUCACCAUGGGCUGGCUGCGUUCCUCCGCUAUCCCUCUGGCUGCCCCCCGGCCAGCAGCCCCGCCCGCUCCUCCCAAGGUCACGCAUCCCCACCCCUUCCCUCUCCGAACGGAGGAGCGGGGCGCAGCGAAGCUCGCGCAGUGGCAGGCUGCGGUGCAGCACCAGCGGCGCGAGGAGGAGGCCGCGCGCAUCCCGCACGCGCACCCGCUGCCGCCCUCGCUCGACGUGCCGCAGGUCCCCCCGAAGCCGGUCGUGAAGCACUCGACGGUGCCGGCGCCCUUCGACCUGGACAGCGUGCGCCGUCACGAGGCUGUGCGCGCGCGCAUCCAAGCGGAGCUGGACAGCCAGGCCGAAAAGGCGCGGCGCAGCGCGGCGGGGCACAUCAAGCCGCGCCCCGCCAGCAGCCCAGGUGCUGCCGGCCUUUCCGGCGCGGCCCGCUCCGCUGCUUCCGAGGCGGAGGCGUUUGCGCUGCGCACGGAUCAGCGCGCAGCGGAACGGCGCGAGUUCGACCAGCUCAUGGCCGACAAGAUCGCGGCCGCGGCGCGCGAGCGAGACCAGGCGGAGCAACGGAAGAGGGAGCGCGAGGAGGCGGAGGUGGCGGCGCUGCGGCGCAGCCUCGUGGUCCGCGCUCAGCCGAUGCCCUUCUUCGACAAACCCUUCAAGCCACGCAAGUCCACAAAGGGGCUGACUGUGCCCCAUUCCCCCAAGUUUUCAAUCAUGUCGUAUGAGAAAGCCAACAAGGCGCCCCCUCCGCCAACUUGGAAGGAGCUUUUUGGAGACCAUGGGCGGCCGUGAUCUGAUCAGGCAAAGUGUCUGUCCUAAUUUGCGUGGUCGAGGCCGCUUUAAUUGAUUGGGCAGGUAAUAGCGAAGCUGAUCUGAGAAAAGUGGCACAUGUUGACUCUAGCUACGAUGAACUGCAUGUACUCUGCUGUUCCAGACGAGAAUCGAGUGUCGGUGUACAACCUGACGGCAGGCAAGCCAGCUAUAUCCUGUUAGUGCACCGGCCACAUAGCUAGUACGUGAAAACAAUUUCUGCCGCCACCUUGUAACUGGACAUGACAUGCACAUAAAAUUCUUGCCUCAGUAACUGGAGCCUCGGAGAUUUGAAGCCCGCUCGUGGACCAUCUUUGGCGAUC